CUCACUUUCUCGCUCCUAGUGCUCCCCCUUUUGGCAUAUGCAGUUUCGCUGCCCGACACAUUUACCCUUCUGGUGCCACCCAGCCAAGUGCAGGUCGACCGUGUUCUUCGGGUGGGCGCAGCCCCCAACGCGGUACUAUGGUACGUCGUGUGCUCCCCAGCAUCCCAACGGCUGAUGACACCCAAAUUCUUAGGGCUCGUGGAAGCCGUGAACACCAGUUUGAUCGCACCUAACGGCACGAAGAUUGGGCACUUCCAGUCAAACACCGACAACAUCACAGGACUCGGGUCGUGUGUUCCUGCCCAAAGUACAGGCGCCUCUGGCUGCGAUGUCGCUGCCGACGAAGGAACGUACACCAUCAUCUGGAACGUUGCGUACACUAUGUCAUCAGACCCGUCGCAGGCGAACGCGUCGUAUUGCGGUCCCUCGCCAUUUUCGACGCAGACCUGCUUGUUGAACGAAACGUUUGAAGCGACGAAGGGCCAGGGCGAGGCUACGUCAUUCACAAACAUGGCAUAG